AUGAUUGAUGUCUCCAAAGGGAGUAAAGCUCCUGGUAAUAAUCGCAAGGGCAGGCGAUCUAGAGAUACGUCUGACGAGGAUCCACCUAAAGAGGAAAGCUUUCGUGGAGGGGGCUGUGGGAGUGACAGGAGUAGCCCAGCAGUCAUGACAUCUGUUGGACGUAGGUCAAGCAGUUGGGGUGCCGCUAAUAGCAGGGGCUUCCCUCGCAAAUUUGGAAAUGUCCUGAAGCUCCGUCGGCGUCGCAAAGUGCGCUGUAAACAAUGUGAGGGCUGCCUGGCUGAUGACCGCGGUGUCUUCGUUUAUAUUUUUGUACCUAACGUUGAUGUAAUAACGUACUGUUCAUCUCUCUCUCUCUCUCUCUCUCUCUCUCUCUCUCUCUCUCUCUCUCUGCCUUCUGAUACUUGUUUCUUUGACCUAUUUGGUACAAAUCUCUCUUCACUGUUGUUAUAUUUUAAGUCCUUAGGAUUUCUUUGA